AUGGCACAGACGGUGCAACGAGCCUCAGGCUCUGGAAAACGUAAAGCACCAGCGCCGGACGCCUCAGAUCCUCCUACACCCGUUCCCAAAAAGUCUAAGAUGGCCACUGCCCGGAAAAGCACAGGUGGACGUCCUCCUCGACCUAUCCCCAGACACUCUAACGCAACUGACGGUGCUGCCCCACGAAAACCACAUCGUUAUAGACCUGGCACAGUGGCAUUACGAGAGAUUAGGAAGUACCAGAAGAGUACAGAUUUGCUGCUCCAAAAGCUUCCUUUUUCGCGCGUGGUACGCGAAAUAACAAUGGAGAUGACCACAGACACCAAUUUCAGAGAUAGCGCUGAUCUUCGAUGGCAGAGCUCUGCUCUUUUGGCUCUCCAAGAGGCAACAGAGGCAUAUCUUGUGCACCUCUUCGAGGACGCAAACCUCUGUGCCAUUCAUGCAAAACGAGUGACCAUAAUGACCCGAGAUAUCCAACUUGCGCGCAGAAUCCGUGGGCCAUGGGGUGGCCUUGGAUAA